AAUAUUACAAAGUCAGCCUUCUCAGUUCUCAGAUUAUUAUCUCUUAUCGGUUUUUAAAAAUACUACAGCCGAUAAUCUCUUCUUUCUUGCAUCUAAUAAAUUAAUCAAUUCAGAAGAAUGUGAGAUACUGACUUCUACUCCUACCCAGAUUUCAUACAACCAGUGGUUCCAAUCCCACUUUCAGAAGUUCUUGAGCGUGUUGAUCCUUCAGCAAAAAAGAAAUACGUUCUAUGAACCGAGAUGGUAAAUGAAGAAUUUGUAAAGUGGUGGUUAAGAACUGAGUAUGGAAGUAUAAUUAAGCGGAAUAUCUUCGAGGGGAAGCGUUAGGCUGGUUUCUGGGAGUACUUUUAUCAAGUUGCAGCUAUCUAUGAUGGAUCCCUUAAGGUUAUGUAUAAGAAUUAUAAUUAUAUUCUUGCCCAUUCUGCUGAUAAAUAUCGCGAAAUAUCUAUAAUGAAUCGCUAUUGCUUACAGGCAGCUAUCUGUAGACAAGCAAGGAACAAAUCGCAAGAUAUUAGAAAGAUUAUUUUUAAUAAGGGAAAUCUUCCCUACAAACAAGCCUUCUCGCCACAAGCCUGGAUGAAUAGGCUAACAACAUUUAUUGUUGCUUCCCAAUUACCAUUUAUGCUUGUCGGAUAUUCUGAAUUUUGUGUACUGAUUGAGAUGGCUUAUCUUGCUCUAUCUACACCAAAAAUACCAACAGCAAAAAUUAUUUAUUGCUAUCUUCAGCAGAAAGUACAGGAGUAUUAAGAUUUCUUACUGAAAUUACUUUCUGAAGGUACUAAGAUCUCAAUUGUAUUAGAUUGUUGGAUACUACUAUUUUAUCAAGCUUUUAUGGCAGUAACAGGUUACUUUAUUGAUUAUAAGUAGAAUUAUUGUAAAAUCUUGCUUGGAUUUAAACCACUUUAUGGCUCUUAUACCGGUAGCUAUUUAAGCUUAGUUUUACUUAAGCUACUUAAAAAACACUAAAUUACAAACCGAGUACUUAUAAUCACAACUAACAAUACUUUAAACAAUAAAACACUGUUAACAAGUCUUUAGAAAGCUAUUACAUCUUUAGAGCUGCCAAGCUGUCUAUUAGUUAUACGCCUAUUAUAUAUUACACAUAUUAUAAAGCUAAGCCUGAAGGAGCUUCUUGGU